AUGGAGCGAAUGGAAAGGAAUAUUGCCCAAAGUAAAAUUGACUUUUGCAAGCAAAAUCGGGAAAGUUGUCAGAAAGCUGUAAAAGAUAUGAUAAUUGUUUCUGACAGUGAGAGCAUUAUCAACGUUGAGAAAAUAAUGAAACUGAUGAAUAUCGAGUUUAUCAAAUCUUGUCUUGAAUGUCGUCGAAAAGAAUUCCGUGGUUUAAUCUCUAACCAUGAUGAGUCAGAAAAUAUUUUGACCAUAAUUCCGGAAAACGAAGAUACUGAAACUACAGAAAAAGUAGAGGUCAUAAAAAUUAAGAGCAGUACAAAUUUUACAAAAAUUGACGUGCCUCAUGCGAAAAUAAUGAGUAAAAUAAACACAGAUUUUCAUAUCGUGAAUAGAGUCAUGGUCAAUAAUACCUUCAAAAAGAAAACCAUCUUUGAAGAGAAUACCAUGAAAAUUGAAAAUGUUUCUCUUAUAAAUCAAACUCUUGAAACUGAACAGCCUGAGGAAAUGUUUUCAGGUGAAAAUAUUCAAGAAGAUGCAGACUUUUGUGAACCAUUUCGUGAGGAAUGUUUUAAAAUUUUUGGUAAAAUCAGUUGGUUGCAAAUUAUAAAUGCCCUUAAGAGUGACAAUGUAUAUAAAGAUGAGAAGUAUAAUUUGUGCCGUAAAUGUGUGCUGAGUUUUGAAAAAGGCCAUCCGGAUUGUUAUGAUUCAAUCGACGAAGAAAAUUGCGGAUCCUGCACUGAUUUUGAAUAUCAUUGUCGAAGAAGCAGAAGUUGCAUCCCAUUGAGAAGAAGGUGCGAUAGAAAAAGAGACUGUACAUUAAAUGAUGAUGAACUGGAUUGUUUUACAUUAACCGAUGGAAAAUAUGUAAACUUGGAUCCUGAUAACCGACCACAUUUAAAUACGGAGGGUAUAGUUACUCAAUUUUCAAAUGGUGCUUGGUAUCCUGUCUGCUAUCAGAUACAAGAUAAAAAAGAAUAUUUAGCGGAGAUGGGAUCACAAACAUGCGACUAUCUUGCCUUCAGUAACUUGGAUUAUGUCAGAAAAACUGAGGUAAACUUUAGUGAAUUAAAAUUGAAGAAGAGCGUACUUGGUUACAAAUAUUCGGCAUCGACAGUUCCCUAUGAAUACGAAAAUAAAACUUGCACUGGUCUUUACAUUCGGUGUAAAUCAGUCAUAAAAAAUCCGGUCCAUAAUCAGCUAACUUUAGAUUUUCAUUCCCGAAUACGUUCUUAUCAAUGGCCAUGGCAUGGUGCAAUUUUUUCUGAUGGAAAGUAUCGUUGUCCUGCUGUACUUUUAGAAACGAAUUGGCUUCUCUCAAAUUCCGAGUGCAGUAAAGAUAUUAACCUCGCGAUAAAUCAUACGAUUGGAUUUUUUGGGAUGCCUUCUUAUCAACCUGAUAUUUAUCGACCACAUCAACAGGUUGUCCAAAUAGAUGAAAUAAGGAUUGUAAAAAAUUCGAAUGCCUCCUUAUUUCAUCUCAAAGAUCCAGUCGAUAAAACUCGAUACGUACAAACAAUAUUUGAAGAAAAAAGAAUUUUUCCACCAACUGAGAACGACACUUGUUUGGCCGUUGGAGUCGAUAAAAAAUAUGUUACGAGAAGCAUGUUCGUGAAACCGGUACUCCAUUGUUCAAAGUGUCAUCGUUGCUACAUUGCAAACGAAACUGUAAAUUGUGACGUUUGUGGAUAUGGAGCUUGUGUAUCUGGAGUUCGCGGAUUUGAAGCUUGUUGGUUUGGAGUUUGUGGGUUUGUUGAUAUGGAUCUUGUGGGUUUGGGUCUUGUUCGUUUGGGCUUUGGGAAUAAUAACGAUUCUCAAGACUGGAGUGGAACAGUCUCUUGUCUUGGUCCAGGUGGAUGGUAUCCUGCUGGAGUAUUCCAAAAUUUAGGCAGCAAUUGUGGAUUUAAUAAAACAGAAACUAUAAUCAGCAUUGAUUACAUAAAUGCUUAUAUCUCUGAAAGCAUGAAUGAAAAAUUAAAAACAAUAGAGGGACCAUAUUGCGAUGGUAUAAGAUGUUUCCUUGGAAAAUGCAUUCCUUGGAAUCAGGUUUGUGACGGAAAAAAGGAUUGUACAGAUGAUGAUGAUGAACAGCCCGAAAUGUGUGAAGGACGGAAACGUCAUUGCGAAAAACACAAUAUAGGAUGCAUGAAAUGUAAGCAACAAGAUAUUCUAUGUGGAAAUGGAAAGUGUAUUCCGAAAGAGAAAUUUUGCGAUGGGAAAAAUGAUUGUUCAGAUGGUGUGGAUGAACCUAAGAUUUGCAAUUGUGCUUCUUUUUUAAAUGUGACAGCCAAGCACAGAAUUUGUGAUAAUAAGAAAGACUGUUUCGACAAGUCCGAUGAAGAUCCUAAUCUUUGUGGAUGUCUAAGUGAAAGUUUUCAUUGUAAAAAACAAAACGUUAAAGAACAUUGCAUUUCACCUGAAAUGGUAUGUGAUUCUGAACAAGAUUGUCCUGAUGGAGAAGAUGAGAUGCAUUGCAGAAAAAUUCAAGGAUCUUUGCAGGAUCGAAAUGGGACCGGGGAAGUAAUGAAAAGAUCUCACGGAUUGUGGCAUUCUGAGUGUUUUUCUGCCCCAGUGACUUCAAAUAUAGUGGGGAAUAUCUGCCAAUCACUUGGAUUUUCAACUGGAAUUUUAGCAAAUGAAACUAUAGUUUUGGGGAAAAAUCCAUUGAUUUCAGACCGUGCUGAAUUUCAUAUUAUCCGACUUAAUGAACGAACUUUUUUCAAUAUGCGCGAUGAUAAGCCAUUAGUCAGUUUGGUACAACCAGAAGAACCAUGCCAUCAAGUCUUUGUAAAUUGUGUUUAA